AGUUGAAUGAUUCUGAUCAAAAAUGCGAAAAACUACAAGUGUGUAAUAAUAUUACGAUUAUUAUAAUUCUAAAAUUCAGAUACCAAAAUGGGUAAAAUAUCCACACCAAGUAAAACCAAUCACAAGUCAAUCUCAGAAAUGAGAAAAAUUGAUAAAGCAUUAUUAAAGCUUUCAAAAAUAUUGUCAAAAUUGGGAAAACUCGUAUUAAUUGUGUUAUCAUUUUUUGGAUAUGUUUUUAUUCUAAUUCCAUUCUUCAUUGUGUUAAUGUCACCCCUUUACAUGUAUCGAUUCGUUGUAAUUUUUCUUGCAAAAGUGUUUCGAUCCGAUUUGGUCCGUAUUGUGUGCACAAGGGACGGAGUGGUGGGUUUGGACGAUGUGACAAAAAAGUGUCAAUGUGUUCUCAAUAUUAUGCUCACCUACAGAGGUGAACCUGACAUGGAGAAAAUUCGAAAUAUAAUCCAAACUAAUGUUAUAGAUGUGAUUGAUAAAGAUGGAAAAAGUGUUUAUGAAAAGUUCACCCAAUACUACGAACCAUGGUUAGGAUACUCUUUUUGGAAAAAUGAAGACAAGUUUAAUAUAAAAAAUCACAUCAGAUUGUGCGAAGAAGCUGAAAUUAUAUUGGCCGGAAAUAAUAAUAAUAAUAACAAUAAUAAUAAUAAUGAGAGUGAGAAGAAAUUCAUAACGGAAGAAGAGCUCUUGAAAAUAAUGGGUCCAAUAAGUACGAGGCAUUUUCCACAGGGAAUUUCACCUUGGGAAAUUUUAAUAGUACGAAAUUUUAUUCCAUCUCAAGGGAAAAUACACUCCGAUUUUGAACCAAAUAUUAAAAUAGAUGGCGGAGACGAGAAGGACAAAUUUGCAAUGAUAUUUCGGGUGCAUCAUGCUCUGAGUGAUGGGUAUUCAAUAAUGAAAUUAUUUUUAACACGGGUGUGCAAUGUGGACCCAAACGAUGUGAUACAGCCAUUUGUUCCGAAAAUGAGCAUGAUUGACACUGUUAAAAUGUAUUUAGGCAUAAUUUUGCUAUCUCCGUAUUAUCAUUUGAAACAGUUUGUUAUCGAUGUGGACAGAAACUUUUGGCAUGUAAGAGAAAAGCAAUUAACGAAAGAUUGGUACACAAUCAGAUCAGAAAAGGUGGCCAUGAGUGACCUGAGGAAAUUAGCAAAAUUUCAAAAUGUAACUACGACUGCUGUCCUUUUGGCUGGGUUUGGAAGUGGAAUAAAGACUUUUCUCACUGAAACUGGUCAAGGGGGUAGAAUACCUUCCGUUAUGAGAGCGUUGGCUCCCAUGCCAUGGAAAAAUCAUCCAAUGCAUGGAUUGGUUAAUCAUUGGACUCUGGGUUUAGUGGUACUUCCGGUCGGAGCGGUUAAUAAAUUCAGAGUUGCAGAAAAAUCAAUCCAACUACUGAAAAGAUCGCCAAUCCUGUUUACUAAUUUUGGGACUGUUCCAUUGCUUAUGGGACCACCAAGUUGGUUAACUGAUAUUUGGGCCACCAACUGGAUGACCACGAUGAUCCUGUCAAAUUUCCCUGGACCCAAAUUUCCUAUGAAAAGCUUUGGAAAUAACUACGUGGAGGACGUGACUUUUUGGCUGCCACAAAUGAGGGGGAGUUCUAGCGCUGGAGUUAGUUUCGUCAGCUAUAAUGGUGGCAUGAGGAUAGCUGCGACUUUGGACAAGAAAAUUGUUCCAACUCAAAAACAGACAGAACUGCUCUCCCACUGUAUCAAUCAAGAACUUCGGAAUUUAAUGGAUGUUGCUCUUUCAGGGGAAAAUGUGGUUUAGUUAAGAAAUACAUAUUGUUCUUGUGUGUGCAUUAUUGUUUUAUUAGAUAUGUAUGUAUGCAUUUACUUAAUUUAGAGUACUAUUUACGUACCUGUAUUAAUUACUAUACAUUAUUUGUCGUCCUUUCCAUCAGAUCAUAGUCAAUAGUAUCAGCAAUAUAGUUAUCAAUCAAAAUGUGCAUUACAGUGAUUAUAGUUUCAAUAACUGGUUUUAAUAUUUUUUUAUAAAUAUUUUAUUACGCUCUUUUGGUGGCAUAAAA